AUGGCACAUGACGUCCAAUAUCCAGAAGCAGCAGCCCGUGGCACGCUCGCUCUCCUAGAAACCCGUCUCCAUCGAUUGGAAUUCCUCCUCAGCGGCACCAGUAACAAUGAUGGGAUUCCACCUCCAACCGCAACAACACUUUCUGGCAGUGAGACAUUGUGGGCCAGGUUAGAUGCUCUCGAUGCCGCCCUUGUCAAGCUAAGAAGGCUCACGGGUACACCUGGGUCAGUUGUACGGGAUAUUGAGCAGCUCUCAUUAAUGCACCCUGAUCUUUUUGCCGGGACGGCUACUACAAUACCCAAGUCUGAGGAUACGAGUACGCUUGCCUCGAUUGUCCUCGCUCAUGCCACAUUAUAUCCCGAGACCGCAUCCAGAUUGUCCUCCCUACAAACAUUGCAAGUUCCACCCGCAGAUCAGAGUUCGAAACUGUUGUCGCUGGCGCCUAGGCUUGAAAAGCUCAGGCAAGAAGAAGACCGCAUGCAACAAGAAGUUCGAGAGCUGCGCGAGCGCAGUGCUAGAUGCCUAGAAUGGUGGGUCAAGAUUGGAGUGGUUGGAAUGGGAGAUAUGUGGGAAGAUUGGGAGAGACGGACGGCCGAAGUGGAGAGGAAUGUCAUCCGUAGGGAGCGCCGUGCAAAGGAACAGCAAGGCUACCUGUGA